AUGUACUUCAUGUGUGACUUAAUACCCACAAGUGACACAGACAUAAUUUUCUUUGCAGAAAAUGGCACACCAGACAUUCGUCACUGUCCACUGCAGUUCAACGCGCCAAGGGUGGUUGAGGACGCUCCGCUGCCGGUGGAGCUGCCAGAGGAUCACGUGGAGGUGCGCGUCUCCCACUGUGGCCUCAACUUCACCGACAACUACCUGCGCCUGGGCAUCAUCCUCAACCUGGACUUUCACGUUCUCAUGGGCAGCGAGUCUUCCGGGACCGUCACACGCGUCGGAAGACGGGUCAACGACGUCCAGGUAAAGCGUGCAGACAGUGGGAAUGGGCAUGACGGACGUCUUUACUCGAUCUGUCGAUUCAGUUCGAAAGCGAUGGGCCUCAUUAGGCAGCUCGGCUCGGAAGAGUCGGCAUACAGCCACUUGCCGCAGAGAUUCCCAAAUAGAAGUGGCGUUGGUACAGCUGUAAUUCAGCUUGCACGAACAGUUCCCCAAGUCACAAUUUUGGGGACGGCGUCAUUUUCGAAACAUGUCAGUCUGAGAUAUCUUGGCGUGAAGCGUGUAUUUCGCCACGAACAAGAUUAUGUAAGCAACAUUAUGGAAGCGUACCCAGAUGGAGUAGACCUAGUGAUAAACAGCGCCGGUGGAGCAGAUAUUACGAAGUGUUUAAGUCUGCUUAAACCGUGUGGAAGGUUGGUUACCAUUGGUACAAAUAGCUCAGCGAAGUACCCGAAAACUACCUUAUGGGGACUAAGAUCAACGUGGAAUACGAAACGAAUACCAUCUGCAGACAUAAUCGGCAGGAAUCACGCAAUAUCAGGGCUAAACGUUGGUCACUAUCUCGAAAACAACCAGAAGAAAGUGCGCUCCAUACUCGACCGCGUCUUCCAGCUGCGGGCCGAGCGCACCAUAAGACCUCGUAUUCACUCCGUUUUAGAUUUCGAAAGGGUUGGUGAGGCGCUGGUGCAGCUGUGGAGGAGGGAGAACUUGGGGAAGGUGCUGCUCGUCGUUCAGCAGGACUCUCCCCAACUGCGAGUGCGAGGAGGAGACGCGCUUGCAAGCGUCGCUGGGGCGGGCCGGGGCGUCGCCACGCGGUGA